AUGUUCGACUUCCGUGGCAAGAAAUACCUCUUGUACUUGUUCGACACAGCGGGACAGGUGACGGCGGAGCGCAGCUUAUUUUUGAAAAACCGUAUUUCCGUUAUUUACCGGGUCGCUUUUGCGUUUCAGGACGAGUACUCGCUGUUUCCCAGGUCGUACACGGUCGGCAUGCACGGUUACGUGCUUGUGUAUGCCAUCAACAACAGGAAGUCUUUUGACGUCGUCAAGGUCAUCUAUGAUAAGAUCUUGGAUAGUGCCGGCCAGGUGGACAGCACCGGACAGAUCAAUGUGCCUCUGAUUUUGGUCGGCAAUAAACUGGACCUGCAGCACGUUGAGCGUGAGGUCAGCACCGACGAGGGCAGAAAGUUGGCUGAGAAGUGGAAAGCCGGUUUCUUGGAAACGUCGGCCAAGGAUUAUCAGGUAAAGUGUUACCAGUCCAGGCUUCAUCUUAACGUAAAAUCGUUGUUCGAACGAAUGCUGUUUCAAAUCGAGAAGGCUUACGGUAAUAUUCAGGAGAAAAACGGAUCGACGUGCUGUGUUUCCUAG